ACCAUCAUGUCUGGACGUGGUAAGGGUGGUAAAGGCCUUGGCAAAGGCGGCGCUAAGCGCCACCGUAAGGUCCUUCGUGAUAACAUCCAGGGCAUCACCAAGCCCGCCAUCCGCCGCCUGGCCCGGCGCGGAGGAGUGAAGCGCAUCUCCGGCCUCAUCUACGAGGAGACCCGUGGUGUGCUGAAGGUGUUCCUGGAGAACGUGAUCCGCGACGCUGUCACCUACACGGAGCACGCCAAGCGCAAGACCGUCACCGCCAUGGACGUGGUCUACGCGCUCAAGCGCCAGGGCCGCACCCUCUAUGGCUUCGGCGGUUAAGCUAGGGAUUUUCUUCACUGUCGCAAAAGGCCCUUUUCAGGGCCACCCACGAAUUCACA